GUGCAUGAUUAUUGGCGGGAAGAGGUGUGCUUUGAGUGAGACUGAUAAAUGGUGAAUUGAGUUUUGAAGAGUAAGAAGAGAAAUGAAAGAGAAAGAGAGAGAGGAAAUUGAAAAGUGGAUAGAGGGAGAUGAGAGUGGAACGGAGAUGCUGAGCAGAGUGAGCAGCGUGCGGCCGUUCUUGUUUCCUCCGCCGCUGCAUAGGGUUCCUCUCCGUGUCGGCAACGUUCUGGAGCUUGUGGGACCCUCGCCCUCCGCCAAAACCCAAAUUCUCAUUAACGCCGCCAUCACUUCCGUUCUCCCCAAACCCUACGGAGGCCUCGACCACUUGGUCCUCUUUCUCGACCUCGAUUGCCGCUUUGACAUCACACGCUUCUCCCAAUUGCUCAUUCAUCGCAUCACGCAACACGGAACGGAUUCUUAUGAUCAGGCCUUGUACCAUCUCUGCAUGGCCCGUUUUUUGUAUGUCCGUUGUUACGAUAGCUUUGAGUUUCUUCACACUCUCAGGACAUUGCAUCGUCGCUUAGAGAAGGAGAAAGAAGUUCAAGGAGUUGGUGUUCACGUGCUCAUGAUUGAUAGCAUAGGAGCUUUUCAUUGGAUGGAUCGUGCAUCAAUGUUCUUGUCUCAAAGAGAAACCAGCAAAAAAAAACUUUUCCUUCAGACUGUGUCAGAAGCUGUAGUACAGAAUAUUAGAAAACUUCUUCAGGUGCACCCUAUGCUUAUUAUGGCCACAAAGUCAGUGAUUUUUGGGAAUAGAUAUUCUACAGCUUCAAAUGAGGUCAAAGGGAACAUGGAAGAAAGAUGUUCAAAAAAUAUGACAAGAAACCAUCAAAAUUUUCAGUAUCGUGAAUACAUGCCAUCUGUCUGGCAGUCCUUUGUUACACACAGAAUACUUGUCCACUCUUCAGAUGAGCAUCCUGGUACAAUCAAUCAUCAAAACUCCUCAGCCUACUUGUUGGAAUGGUUGUUGCCAAAAUUGAGUUUUCCAGACAGAAUUGUUGUGAAAGAUCUUGUAGGCUGGUGUCUUUGUCCAAUCAUAAUGUACUUGUUGCGAAGGGAUGUCUAUUUAAUGAUUAUCCUUGCAGUGGCAGUUGAUGUAGUACAGAUUCACAACAAGAACAAAGUGUGACUUCUUGACUGGAAAUAUCAUAACAUAGAUGGGAUCAAAUCAAGUAUUGUGAAGUUUGUCUGUGAUUAAUUUUAUAUGUCACAUGAGAAACUGAAGAGGAAUUCCGUUCCACUUAGCUGUUCCAGAAAGAAUGACCAUAUUUAAAACCUAUAAAAUGGGACAAAAGCACUGGCUGAAGAUAUUUCAUCAAACAUCAAACAUUUUCUAAAACAUAAUUAUUGUGCAAAGUUCAACCACACCAAAUACUGGAAGCUUCAAGGGCUUUCUGCUGAUGGUGACUAAUUUGUACUCCUAGAUAGCAUGAACUCAUGCUUCAUAGUUGAACUUCAUUUGUCUUCCAUAUAAUUUUCCUGCUUACUUUGCUUACAUUUUUCAUAUGUGCUAUAUAUCAGCAUCUGCACCUUUGAAAUUCUGAUGCUUCAUAGUUCAUAUCAUGAGUAUUUUGGAAGCAAAUAUAUUCUUUGUUUAGGAGGAAUAUCUUUCUAUAGUUAUUUGGUGAACUCCUUAAAUAAAAUUACUUUUACUUUUUUUUA